AUGACGACUCCAUCUUCACUUCGAGACCUUUACAUUGAUCCUUCCAGUGCUUGGUCUUUUCUUCCUCCACAACUAAACACGGCCGUUUCUCCACCAUCUCCUGCUCCAGUCUACCAAUGGUCAGCUAGACCAUCCCACAACUCCAUUCUUGACCUAUCUCCUUCCCUCAACCUCUCGGAACCUUCGGGAAUUAAUGCCUCUCAACUUCUCAAGGCGUUUGCUGCUUCAGCUGUCCUUCAGUACACCAGCACAGCCAUUGUCAUGCCAUGGGAGGUAGGCAAGCUUCUCUUGCAAGUCCAAUGGGUGCCGCGAGAUGCCGGCGACCCCGAACCGGUGAAUGUGUCCGUCGUUGACGAAGAUCAUGACGAUGCGCUGAGUGAUUCGUCAAAUGACAAUGACUCUUACUUUGCCGACCCAAGUGCGAGCCCGUCAACAUACCACCGCAGCACAAGAGCAAAGACUGACGAGCAGGGUUACGUCAUUCGUCGAUCUGUACUGGAAGAAGGAACUCGACCAGAGUACAUCAUUCCAGUGGGAAGUGCAGAUGGCGUGUGGGGCAUGAUAAAGCGCGUCGGUCGAUUCAGAGGAGAAGGCUGGUUGGCAUUGUGGAAAGGACUCCUGACGUCCUGUGUGACAGAGGUACUCUCCUCAACACUACAACCUCUUAUCAACAGCCUUUUGCAGUCGAUCUUUUUCCCUUCAAUGUCCCCUUUCCAACAACCGCCAAUUCUUCUACCCGUAACCUCUCAUCUUAUAACGGGCUUCCUUCUCUCCCCACUUGACCUUAUCCGGACACGCCUAAUUGUGCAAUCGUUUACAGGGCGCUACAAAUCAUACAGUGGCCCCAUUGAUGCUUUUAGGCAGAUUUUACGUGAGGAAGGAGGGAUAAAAGGCAUCUAUCUCCAUCCACAUCUUCUCAUUCCAACACUCCUAGACAACACGCUGCGGCCCAUUGUGUCGCUCGCUUUGCCUAGUAUUAUCGCGUCGCACUUCGGUGGAACCCACAUUACCGAGGAUACUCACCCCAUUGUUUGGGGCAUAGCAGAGGUUUGCGGCAGUUGCAUCGGGCUCCUUGUUACUCUUCCCAUCGAGACUAUCCGUCGACGACUGCAAGUUCAAGUCCGUGGGUCAGCGAAACCACUCAAGGCAUGUGUUGAGCUUCGGCCACAGCCCUACAACGGAGUUGUGGACACCUUGUGGCAUAUUCUAACAGAAGAACGAUCUGACCUUCCUAUCACACGGUCACUACGACGAAGAAGGAUGAGCACCUCAAAGGGCAAGGGAAAAGAAGAAGAGGAAGAGGAAGAAGAAGAAGAAGAACACGAUGGCGACAGCUGGCUUCGAAACACAGGGAUUGGGCAGUUGUAUCGUGGAUUGGGUAUGAGAUUGACGGCGAGUGUGAUUGUCUUUUUGUUGGCACUGAUAGGAGGUGGAGAGGAAACGGAUGGAGGUUGGGCUGAAAUAUAACGAUAAAUAUUUAAUUUAGAUUCGGGAAAUGCCGAACCACAUGACGUCAGA